AUGGGUUCAAUCACCGACGAAAAGCGAAAACUCAUCAUCGUCUCAAAUCGUCUUCCAUUGUCUGUGAAACGUGUUAAUGGUGCCUUUCAAUCUUCUAUUUCGAGUGGUGGCCUCGUCACUUCUCUAUCUGGGUUGACCAAGUCCACCAAGUUCCAAUGGUUUGGCUGGCCAGGAAUCGAAGUUAAAGACCCAAAGGAUCAAGAAGAUGUGAAAAAGAGUUUGGGAGAACAUAAUGCCGUUCCCAUAUUCCUCGAUAGUACCCUGGCCCAUGAGCACUAUAACGGGUUCUCGAAUCGUAUCCUCUGGCCAAUUCUCCAUUAUCAAUCAGGUGUAGUUUUCGACGAAACUCCGUGGCAAGCAUAUAGGCGGGUAAACGAGUUAUUCGCAGAUGCGAUUGCUGAGACAGCGGAUACUGGGACAUUGAUCUGGGUCCAUGAUUAUCAUCUCAUGCUUCUGCCCGAGCUUCUCCGUGAUCGACUCAAACGGCAAGGUAAAACCUGUGCCAUUGGCUUCUCACUCCACACGCCCUUUCCAGCAGGAGACUUUUGGAGGAAUCUCCCUGUUCGAAAGCAUCUCAUCGAAGGCAUGCUGUCCAGUGACCUGAUUGGAUUCCACACGGACGAAUAUAAACAAAAUUUCAUCGACACCUGUGCUAGUCUCCUCAACGCUCGCACCGAAAUUCCCAACCAAAUUCAGUACAAAAAUCGGCUAGUCUGUGUAAACAAGUUCAUUGUCGGCAUCGAUCCCGAAAAGUUCACCGACACCCUGAAAAAGCCCGAGGUUCAAGAGCGCAUUCGAAACUUGAAAGAACGCUAUAAAGGCGUCAAGGUAAUUGUUGGCGUCGACCGACUGGACCACAUUAAAGGCCUCACGCAAAAAUUGAAAGGAUUCGACGCUUUUCUCGAUGAUCAUCCAGAACUGCAAAACAAGGUCGUUCUUAUCCAAGUUGCCGUUCCAAGCCGCGAGGAAGUGAAAGAAUAUCAGGAGCUCGAAACCGAACUGUCUACUAUCGCCGGGAAGAUCAACGGGAAACAUGCCACACCCGAGGGCACUCCGCUGCUGUAUAUGCAUCGCUCCGUUCCAUUCGACGAAUUGACCGCGUUGUACUCAGUAGCCGAUGUUUGCCUUCUCACCUCUACCCGCGACGGAAUGAAUCUCGUGGCCUUCGAGUAUGUGGCAUGCCAGCAAGAGCGUCACGGUGUCCUCGUUCUCUCCGAAUUUGCUGGCGCGGCUACCUUCAUGACAAAGGGUAGUAUCCCGUUCCAUCCUGCAAACAAGACGGAAAUGUCCGAGGCGAUCUUCAAUGCGUUGAAUCUGGACCCGGCCGAACGAAGGAGCAAGUACGAGUAUCUUCGAGACUUUAUCAAUACCAACACAAGUGCGAAAUGGGGCGAGACUUUCAUCGAAAAAUUAGCCCUCCGUUUUUCUCCAAGGUUGCUUUUGUCUUUGUGUUUCUUGACUAUUAAUUGUGUUUCCAUCACCUUGUUCUUGUGCCUACAAGUUACCUGCUUUGACCCAACUCCAUCUAUGUCACUUGCUAAUGGAAUUCUCAGCUCUCCCAGCCCUUUGUCCCUUCCAUUCCCACACUGGACGUUCAUUUAUAUCCGAGCCUUCCCUUAUCAAGAAUCCGUCCUUUGUGGUGAAACAAAGAGAGCCCCGAAGAAAAAUAAAUGCAUACCUCCAUAUCCUCAAAACCCUUCCCAAGUUCUUCGUACUCGAAGUUCCUAUGUCCGGUGUAUGAAUUUCAUCCUGGCAAUCCCAUUGGCCCUUCAAUACCAAGAAUUGAGUUGUUGUUACCUUGCUGCUAUGGUUUGCCAUUCUGUCAACUUCCUUCCUAUGCUUCUAUUACCCAUCAGUGAUUUGCUUAAUGCCAAUGAUGAUAAAAGUGGCAUACUGACCAUCUUUGAUGACCAAACUACACUUGUUUGGGACACCUUUGAGCACUUUGCCUUCAUUGUACUUAUCAGUCUAAUCCGUUCGUUGUAA